AUGGCGGACCGUAGCGGCAGUAAUCCUCAAUCUCCCGGUUUCACCGAGAAAUUAAAAUCGUGGCUCUGCUGGUCGUGGACGUACAUAUGUGUUCUCUGGUUUGCCAUGGUCUUGACGAUGGUUUACGUACUGAGGAGUCCUCUGAAGCUGCAGGAGACGGUAAAUGCCGCAUCUGUGUUUUUAAACACUCUUACACCUAAAUUCUAUGUUGCACUGACUGGAACAUCCUCUCUCAUCUCUGGCCUUAUUUUGAUAUUUGAGUGGUGGUACUUCAGAAAGUAUGGCACCUCAUUUAUUGAGCAGGUGUCUGUCAGUCACUUGCGCCCUCUUCUGGGAGUAGUGGAGAACAGCAGCUCAACAGGCCUCUUCUCUUCAGUAAAUGGGGAUAUGGAGCCAAGAACCAAUGUUGCAGAAUGUAAAGUGUGGAGGAACCCACUUAACCUGUUCAGAGGGGCAGAGUAUAGCAGGUACACUUGGGUGACGGGAAAAGAGCCCCUCACAUACUACGACAUGAAUCUGUCAGCACAAGAUCACCAGACCUUUUUCUUGGGGGACACUCAGCAACUUAAACCAGAGGAUGCUGUAAUGCAGAAGGCCUGGAGGGAAAGGAAUCCUCAGGCACGUAUUCGAGCAGCUUACCAGGCCAUUGAGCUGAACCGAGAAUGUGCUCCAGCGUAUGUGCUCCUCGCUGAAGAAGAAGCUACAACAAUCACAGAAGCUGAACUGCUAUUUAAACAAGCACUUAAAAGUGCUGGUAAAGACACAAACCUUGUGGUGUACAUCAAGCGCAGACUGGCCAUGUGUGCUAGAAAACUGGGACGCAUCAAAGAAGCUGUGAAGAUGAUGAGAGAUUUAAUGAAAGAAUUCCCCUUACUGGGAAUGUUAAAUAUUCACGAGAAUCUUCUAGAAGCAUUAUUAGAGCUACAGGCCUAUGCUGAUGUACAAGCAGUCCUUGCAAAAUAUGACGAUAUAAGCUUGCCGAAAUCAGCCACUAUAUGCUACACAUCUGCCUUACUGAAAGCAAGAGCAGUAUCAGAUAAGUUUUCACCAGAGGCGGCCUCCAGACGAGGUCUCAGCACAGCAGAGAUGAACGCAGUAGAGGCAAUACACCGAGCUGUGGAGUUCAACCCACAUGUACCAAAGUAUUUAUUAGAGAUGAAGAGUCUGAUUUUGCCUCCGGAGCAUAUUUUGAAGAGAGGAGACAGUGAGGCAGUGGCGUAUGCAUUCUUUCACCUGCAACACUGGAAACGGGCAGAGGGGGCACUCAAUCUGCUACACUGCACAUGGGAGGGCACUUUCCGAAUCAUUCCAUACCCCCUGGAGAAGGGUCAUCUCUUCUAUCCUUAUCCAGGAUGCACAGAGACUGCAGACAGAGAACUCCUGCCUUCGUUUCACGAGGUCUCCGUGUAUCCAAAGAAAGAGCUUCCAUUCUUCAUCCUCUUCACAGCGGGCCUGUGCUCAUUCUGUGCCAUGCUGGCCAUGCUCACACACCAGUUUCCAGAACUCAUGGGGGUCUUCGUCAAAGCAUUCUUUAGUACUCUCUUUGCACCACUGGGGUUUUUUGCAGACAAGAUGGAAAGAUUUAUGCCCUCCUGCCUGUGGCAUCAACUAACAAACGUCUGAUGAAAACAAUUCAUAAACCACACACAUGGACAUACUUGCACUCAAACGUUUUACUGUACAUGUAACACACGUUAACAGCUGUACUGAUAAUAAAAAUGUUUUGGCUCUUGA